AUGAAGAAACCUCCCAGCAAAAUCCCACAAGUCAAGACAAUGCCGCAGAAUCGUGCGCCUUCAGCACUCGAGCGCAGGUUCCAAUCCCUCCUUGAGAAACGUCGUCGGAAUUUGACACUGCGUAACUUGACAACCGCACAAGACCUCAUUGAUUUCUCCUCUAACGACUUCCUUUCUCUUACCACGAACUUGACACUCAAAACUGCUUUUCUUCAAGAGCUCGAGGCCUCGAAAUGGUCGCUGGGAUCCGGCGGUAGCCGCCUGCUGGAUGGAAAUUCCACAUACGCGGAAAACCUCGAACGCGAGAUCUGCGCUUUCCAUAAUGCCGAGGCAGGACUAUUGUUCAAUUCUGGGUUCGAUGCGAAUGCAGGGUUCUUUGCAUGCGUGCCACAGAAGGGAGAUGUCGUGGUCUACGAUGAACUAAUCCACGCAAGUGUGCAUGAUGGAAUGCGGUUAAGUCGAGCGGAAAAGACUGUGUCGUUUAGGCACAAUUGCGUUGAGGAUUUGAGGCGGGUGCUGCUGAAAUUGACAAUAGAUGGUGACACGGAAGACGUGCUAGCAGGAGACCGUCACGUGUUCGUUGCGGUAGAGGCGGUCUAUAGUAUGGAUGGCGAUAGAGCGCCUUUAAAAGCCAUCGUCGACACGGUGGAGGAGGUACUCGGAAGGGAGGCUGGAUACAUCGUUAUUGACGAAGCACAUGCGACGGGCGUAAUCGGAGAGAAAGGUCGGGGCCUUGUGUGCGAGCUGGCUCUUGAGGAAAGAGUGUUUGCAAGGCUGCACACGUUUGGAAAGGCUUUGGGGUGCAAUGGAGCUAUUGUACUCGGGUCCAAUCUCCUGCGACACUAUCUGAUCAAUUACGCCCGCCCGCUCAUCUACACGACCUUUAUGUCCUACACUUCACUUGCUGCUAUCCGCACCUCGUAUUCCUUCCUCUCCCAGGGCAGGACCGUUCAUUUAGCUUCGAAUCUGCAGUCGCUUAUUCAAAUGCUGUUCACGAGAUUGAAGUCGGUGAAGUCGCCGGCAUUCAAUGUUUUGUUGAACAUACCACAAAUUCAGCCAGAGUCCCCGAUAUUUUCGGUUCAGCUUGCCGAGCCAAAGGUGCUAGCUAAGUUCUUACAGGAGAGGGGCAUGAUGGUCAGAGCCGUGGUACCGCCUACGGUUCCCGAAGGCACGUCCAGAUGGUUGCAAUGGAGGAAUGGUGCCAAAGGCUGGUAA